AUGUCAGACGAGCCUCCACAGCUCGACUCCGAGCUGGAGUCUUUCCGGCAAAAAUGGCAGACCGAGCUGAAGCACAAAAAGACAGUCCCAGAAGCCCGGGUACCUCAGUCGAGAAAAGAGGCAUCCUCUUCAUCCAAGCAGUCGGUCCCUGCAGAGAUUCCAAAGAGCGUAAUCGCCAAGAGGUCCCAAAUAGAAGAGGAUGAGGAAUAUGCACAAUCUAUGAUUUUCGACGAACCAGCACCGCCCGCUUCCGGUCCGACCCUGGAUGGGCAGUCUGGCCCUAAUGAGGCCAGAGAACUGGUAUCUGCCCUGGAUCACUUUGAAGAAGCUGUCGAAAAGGAAGCAAUCGGCAGCUUAGGGGACAGUCUCAAGUUGUACCGCAAGGCAUUCAGGAUGGAUAACAGAGUCGAUCUGGCGUACCGGAAGAAGCACUUCCCCGCUGGGGCCGCGAAAGCGCCACAGCCUUCAGCAUCAGGUCCUGCGGCUGCUGCCACAAGUACAGCAAGCAAGCCCGUAGAGAAGCAGACAAUGAGCGAGCUGAUUGCCGGCUUCUCAGGUCUCGCCGUAUCGGCCGCGCCCCCGCCGGUAGAAGGCGACCCGGCGCCGCCGUGCCCCAUCGCCGGCAUGCCGGAGGAAAUCCUAGUCCACAUCUUCAAGGACGUGGCCGUCCUCGACGUCGGCGACUUUGUACGGCUCUCCCUCAUCUGCAAGCGCUUCGCCUACGUCGUCGCCACAGAGCAACAGAUCUGGCGCCGCGUCGCCCUCGGCCCGGAAUUCGGCUUCGCAGGCAUGCACUACCACUGGCAACGCGGCGUCUCCUGGGAAUCGCUCAAGGAAGAGGAAGACAACAGCGGCGACCUCGACUACGUCACCAUGGAGGAGCUCGCCCAGCGCCGCAGGGAGGAGAGCGAGAACACGACCCUCACCCUCCUCCCGAAACUCUACGACUCGUCCUGGCGGAACAUGUUCCGGCACAGGCCGCGCAUCCGCUUCAACGGGUGCUACAUCAGCACGGUGAACUACAUCCGACCAGGCCAGGCCAACGCCAACCAAAUCACCUGGAACAGCCCCGUCCACAUUGUAACCUACUACCGCUACCUCCGCUUCUUCCGCGACGGCACCGCCAUCAGCCUGCUCACCACCGACGAACCCGCCCACGUCGUGCACUACAUGACAAAGGACCUCCUCGAGCUGCACUGUCGCAGCAACGGCGGCGGCGGCACGGCGCACCUGCCAUCCGUCGUCAUGCAGCACGGCCUCCGCGGGCGGUGGCGGCUGUCCUCGGCGCUCGAUCACCCGGACACCACGGACAUGCCGCUCGGCGAGGUCGAGGGCGACCUGGCCGUCGAGACGGAGGGUGUCGGGGCCAAGUACACGUACAGGAUGUACCUAGAGAUGCGCAACGCCGGCAAGGGCGGCGCGCGCAACACCAAGCUCGUGUGGAAGGGCUUCUACAGCUACAACAAGCUCACGGACGACCUGGGCGAGUUUGCGUUGAAGAAUGACAAGCCCUUCUUCUUCAGUAGAGUAAAGAGCUACGGCAUCGGGGAGUAA